AUGCAUGCUCCUGAACAUGGUCAUAUUAUUGUUAUACAAUUGUUAUGUGAAGCAGAAGUUGAUUCAAUCAUUCAAGGUUUUGAAGGAAAAGGUAACAAAAGUGUUUUGAAUUUUGAAAAGAAAGCAACUACUUGGAAAAAAACAAACGCGACACAGAAGGAAUGUUAACGUGUAGGAAUAAAAAUUGAAACACUCAAACUUCUGUACUUGCUCUAAUUCACUCAAAGACAUACACUACGUCUUAACAAAGUUUCCACUCACGUCUGACAUGACGAUUGCUAUUGAUAAUCGGAAAGUCAGCAAGAAACGUAUGUUAUUUCAUCGAAAUGACUAACAAGACAGGCUCAAAAAGGUUUUAUUGAACAUAUCACCGAUAUGGAUAUGGAACGAGUUCGAAUGCAACAACUUUGUAUGCGAUGAAAUUCAAUAGUGCCACAGACGUUGAUCCCAAAACAGAUAGCAUUAGACUAUGUCAUAUUUGAAACGUUAAUUUCGUAGUGAUGAUGUUAAAAGAUUAUAUUUUAAAUGCAGUUUACUAUUCUUUUAUUGAAGCAACCGAUCAUCAUAAAACGUGCUUUAAAAAGUUGUAUGUGAUGCUUCUCAAGAAUAUAAAGAGUUUGUUCAUAUUUUCAGAUGUUCCACAGAAAAUAAAACGCACAGCAUUGCACAUAAUACUUGUUUAUCUGAAGAGUGUGGGUGUGAAAUUAAUAUCAACACUCUCACCCGCACCCAUACCCAAUCUGUUUGAUCAAAUGUUGCUUAUCAAACUAUUUGAUUUUGCUGAUAGGAAUUAUGAUCUCAAAUAUUGUAUUCAGAAUCCAUGUCACUCAUAUGAAAAUUUUUUGAGUCAAACUAUGUCUAAAAUGCUUUUCCAAGUGAAAAUGCAUCCAGACACAUGUUGGAUUUAAUAUUUAAAAACUGGAAAUAUACAUGUAAAUCUCUAAAUACUUACUUCAGUCUUACAUGAGUUAUCAGUUUAUCUAGAGGAUACUUCUUUAUAUCAAAUAGAGAAUAUAUUUAUAGCUAGGUUCACUUUUUUCCAGAUGUAGAUAAGAAUUUUUUCUGACAAAUGUAACGCUAUCUGCAUUAUUGAGCAAGAUAAGUCUCAGAGAGAAAAUACAGUGUUUUAAAUGUUGUUAAGAAUGUAACAGAAGAAGAAUAAUUGUAUAUACAUUUUCGAUAACUGAAAAAGUAUUCGAUUAUAUCAAGAAAAUUCAAUGCAAAUUCAUCGCUGCCAUAAACCAGGAAUAUGAUUUAAAUUUUAUUUAUAGUAACUUCAACAUCGGAAGGACAAACCUUAUCAAUAAGACAAAACAUAAUGUUCUAUGCUCACAUACAUGAAAGUGGUCGAAUAUCAAUUAUUAACAAAAGCCUAUUAAUUAGACCCCCUCUUGACAAAGUACUCUGAAAGUUUAAACAGCUUAUAUUUAUCCGGUUCAUAAAGUGAGCAGUCUCUAACUAUACUCUAACAUAAAUUAUGAUUAGCCAGAAAUUCAUAAAGUGUUAACCAAUUGUUUGUUGGAUAAUAAUUAUGAAAGACAAGAAACCAUCUAACAGAUGUAUUUGUUUAUUGAAGAUAAUCAAUAAUUAAAUCAAAAUAUUGACUUCUCACUUACUAAUUAAGGUCGUAGUUAAUGCUCUACAGAUAAAGGAGAGUAAAUUUCUUCAAAUAUUUCUUGUAUUAUUUUUGGUUGUAUUUUUCUACAUCUCGGAACGAAAGCAGCAAUUUCAAUUUUUCUUCUCUCUCUCUCUUAUCCAUGGAUACUUUGAGCAUAAUAAAUAUGCACAACAAUAAGACAAAAUGUUCUACAUGUAUUGAGAAUAAAAAUGACUAAUUCCCAUCACUGGCGGAUCCACCAUUUCGGCUAUUCGGCGAUCGCCGCCCCUUGGAAAUGGAAGUGACGCCAAAAAUUUUUAAAAUAUUUGGGUAACAAUAAAAAGUUGAAAAUAAAAUCAGUAAAUGAAGUUAGUGGAGUAAGCACGUGGGAGACUAGGGGAACCUGAGCCAUCUUCCCAGGAUUGUUUGAGCCUUCCCUAGAAAUUUUUUAGUUCUCAUGAAAAAUAGAAUUGUUUUUCCUUUGGGCGGCUAUUCUAAGCAGAGUGAGCAAGACAUUUGAGUUCAUCCUAUGCAAUAUCCGAUAUUUUUCUUUGAUAAAAUGAAAGAACAAUAUUAAUUUUUCAAACUAACGGAGAUAUCGAUUAACUUCUCUGAUGAAAAAAAUUAUUUACUCAUUUCUGAUUGUGAAAAGUUUUCGAUCUAGUCAUUGUAGUCUCAAUAUACUUUCAUAAGAGAGAUAGAGAAAUGUUUGUGUUAUAUUCAAAUUAUUGAUCUGAUUGGUAAUGAAUCUGUUUUCAAUAAGUUUUAUUUGGAAUUUCUCAUUACGACUGUUAGUAAUGGG